AAUGACAUUAUUAUACAGUAAUAUCUGUGAGUAACUGUCAUCCAGUUAUCCAUGGAUUCAAUCAAUGAUAACAAAGAUCUUAUUAAUCACUAUCUUAACGAUCAUUUGUUUCUUAAUGUCUUAGAGUUGAUUCCCAUAACACAACUGUUUAAUCUAAGACUUGUUUGUCAAAGAUUCAAACGAUUAGUUGAUUAUCAGUUGACUUUUAGAAGAUGUAUCGCCAUAGCCAUCAAUAUUGGAUGUGAUGACAAUACUAAUGAUGAAGACGAUGAUGAAUAUGACUCGAAAUGUGAUUGCAAUGAUUACAGACAUCGGUUCACAACAAAUGAUUGCUUAUAUAAGAGCUGUCGACAAGUGAAAGACGGCUCAAGAACUUUGUAUGUUUUAAACGACAAUCAAUUGAUCCAAUUGUUCACAUUUUGUCCUAAUAUCAAAGCUCUGAGUCUUGAGUCGACAAUUAUUGACAGAAAUGUUUGGCAACACUUCCGCGACAAUUGUCCCAAAGGUGUCCAACACAUAGACUUUUCCAAUUCUCAGGGUUUGAUCGAUGAGGUGAUCCGUUUCAUUGUUAUCACUACCGGUCAGACACUUCAACACAUCAUUCUUAAUGAUAGCGAUAUUAGUGAAUCAACUCUUGAAUUUAUUUUGAAAAACUGUCCAAAACUUGAGGUUUUAAACGUCAGUAAAAAUGUUAGGAUUACUGGUCUUUGUUUUGGACUUUUACCACAAUCUAUCAAAAGACUUGUUUUAAAUAACUGUUGGAAUCUAAGUCUUGAAGCAAUUAAGUGUAUUGUCACUGGAAGUGCUAAAUGUCUAACGAAUUUAGAGAUCAAUGGAGAGUUCAUCGACAACAAGAUUGUGUCUGAAAUUUGUGAAAAUUUAUUUAAUUUACAGAUUUUGGAGAUCGACUGUUCAAACAUUGAAGACAAACAUACUUUACAUAAGUUAUCCAAUUUAAGACAUUUGGAGGAAUUGAAUCUUUUUUUACCAUCAAUUAAAUUUGAUUAUAUAUUGUGUGAUAUUUUGAAAAAUAAUUAUUAUCUAAAAAAACUAAGUCUUGACGGCGCUAUUGUUACCGAUUACUCGAUUCAGUUUUUGCCACAAUUUUGUCCACAUCUUGAAUACCUAUCGAUUGCAUUUGAAGAAUUGAUUAUCAAUAAUAAAAUUAGUGAUAAUUGUUGCGAAUCAUUGGCUAAACUUAAUAAUUUACAACAUUUGGAUUUACAAUACACUAAAAUUGGUGAUAAACUGAUUCAAGUGAUAACUGAUUGUCCAAAUAUAUUGACCGUUGAGAUAGAAGGCUGCAAACAAGUGACCAACAAAUUGAUUGAUUGUAUGAUUGAUAUCGCAAAACAAAGACCUAAUAAAUCAUUGACUCUCUUUGCCCGCGAAACUCAUUUAAAUGAACCUGAAGUCCAAAUUCCCGAUAACUUACAACUAAUUUUAAAUUAAUUAUUUUUUGCGCAAAAUUCAAUCAACACUCAUUUAAUUGAUUACAUGAGAAAAACUCGAAGAAAUGGCUACAAAAGAUCCGAAAUCAACUGAGACCACAAAGAAAGAAGAAACCAUAACUAAAGCACCAGAAACUCCCAAAGAUCCGCUUCAAGAGUUUAAAAGACGCUCAAGAAUUGAUUCGUUGGGAUGUAUUGUCUUCAUUGGUCUCUUAUCAUUCAUCUUUCUCGACACUUCUUACCUUAACCUUAACAUUGGUGGCAAUGCUUCAGGAGUUCAGGUGUCAUCCUAUUGGCACAAACUUGAGCUCGUCUUAUGCUACCAAUCACUGAGCACUGCAUGGCUUCUAUUUAACAUGUUUUACGUAAUCUCCCGGCGCUGUAAAACUCAAAACCCCGACCCAUUGGAAGCAAGUCGGGACCCGAAAGUACAAGAGGCCAACCAAAUGUUUCGUAACUCAUUUGAGCAGUUCUUGUUGUCGGUCUUCGCUCAGAUCAUUUCCAUCAGUUUCAUCGACAAGAGUAUCCUAAUUAAGCUGAUCCCAUUGAUUAACGUAUUGUUCAUAACUGGAAGAAUUGCAUUCUUCUUCGGUUACCCCAAACGUCGUACAUUUGGCUUCUUAUGUUCAGCUAUUCCGACCACUCUUCUCAUUAAUUACAAUCUCAUCAAAUUUAUUCAAAGUCUCUUCUUUUAAACCAAACUUUCAAACCAUAGCUAAACAGAUCACCCAUUUGUUAGAAAAGUAGUACACAUUUA